GCGUGUCAAUUUGCAAUUUACAUGAAAAUUUGACAGUUUUUCUACGUUGCUUCUUCUAUUUCUCCUUUUUAUGACGUCAUUCUUGGUCGCAAUCAAGAAUGAUAGAAACAAGAUUACGCCAUCGUAAUCAUAAGCUUUAGAAUGAGUAGAGGCAUCAUAGAAACAAAAACAAACCUUUAUAGCUUAUGAUUCUUGUUCACAUCUAUCACAGCCUAAACCGAAAAAAGUAACAGUAAAUACUUGGUGUAAGCUUGUCUUUUAACAUUCUUGCUCUUAGCAGAGAGUAUAUCAUAUAUAUGAUAUACGUUCUCUGCUCUUAGUAUAUGAUAUCGAUCAUUGAAAUGGCGAAAUGAUGACGUUAUAACUUCACAGUGAAAUGAUUGAUUCGUCGCUUCGUUUCGUUGUAUACAAAAUUUCCCAGGCACACACUACAUAUGUGUGUGCACUAGAACUUGGCGCCAAUUUUUAUAAUGCGCGGCUAGCAGCCGAUUUUAAAGUAUUGCACUUUGUUAGUCUUGAGUUGAAAAACAAGUGAAUAAGAUCCGCAGUCAACUGCACUUUGGUUUAUAUAUGUACUCGUAAAUACAUCUAAUAUUAUUAUGGAUAAACCUCUUAUUGGUCUGCUGUGUAUCGAUCGUAAGGAUGGUAUGAGCCAGGACGUUUGCAGUUACAUUGAUGACAAGAAUGUCAAAUAUUUGGAAGAUGCGGGAGCUGGUGUUGUCCCUAUUUGGAUCAAUAGAACCACCGACUAUUAUGAGUACAUAUUAAGCAAGGUAAAUGGAGUUUUAUUGCCGGGUGGUGCGGUCUACGUCAAUACACACGAUCCUGCUCGUUUGGAUUUAACAAAUUAUUGUGUUAGCGCCUCUUUGAUUAUUAUUCGGAUAGCUGAGAAAAUGCAUAAGAAAGGUGUUAAGCUACCCAUUUGGGGAACUUGCCUGGGAUUUCAGCUUUUAGUACUCUACACAACCAAUAUGGCGGAUACACCUUUCGGCACUGAUGUGCGCGACAAAUGCGAGUUUAUGAAUUGCUUUUUAGCAGUGGAAUUUUUACCAGAUUUUCGUGAUUCGCGACUUUUUGCCGAGUUACCUGUUGAAGUAGAGAGCAUAAUGAAGAACAAACCAUUCGGUCAUCAUCGCCAUAAGUAUUGCGUGAGUCUUAAGACAGCAAAAAGUUUUAAUGACGUGUGGCAUAUAUUGGCGAAAAACGAAGACACGAAAGGUUUAGAAUUUGCUUCCAUUAUAGAACAUCGCAGAUAUUCGUUUUUUGGAACGCAAUUUCAUCCAGAAUCGGAAUGCUCACCAAAAUGCAGUAAGGUAAAAGAGUAUUUAUCAAGGUUUUUUGUGGAUCAGUGUCGGAGCUGUGGCAAUCGUUUUGAAAGUGAUGAGGAGGCGAGGCGCCAUUUAAUACAAAAUUUUCCUACAACCAUUUCCGGGCAGUGUAAUAUACGAGUAUUUGGCGAAUCAAUAGAUUAUCCUCAUCAAGAGAGUCUGCAAACAUUGCCUACGAAUUUACUCUAAUGUUUGUGUUUUAGUUUUUUAACGGUAUGAAACUAUUUUAAUUAUGAGUCAUUGAAAAUAGUUUAAAAUAUAGAUAUACUUGUAUAUACUUAUAUAUAUAAUUUACAGCGAAACUAAUUAUGAUAAUUCUGUGUUGUAUGUUAUACAAUAUGUGGUUUUGAAAAUCAGUUUUGGGUUUAAUUAGUUAACGCUAUAAAUAAAAAAUGAGAUAAUCUCACAU